CCAAAUAAGCAAUAUAUUCAAUAUAAGCUUUAUAAAAAUAAAGGGUAUAAAAUGCCAAAAUCAUAUACAAAUAAUAAUAAAUAUGAUUAUCACGAAAAUAUGUCGUUUGAAUUAAAUGACCAAAAUAAAACUAAAUACAAAUGUUCAUAUUCUCAAAAACAAUUAGAAUCCUCAGGGAGCCGUUCUGAACCAGAAAAACCGAAUUUUGGACUUUCAGGAAAGUUAGCAGCAGAAAGUAAUCAUAUUAACGGGAUACCAUUAAAAUAUUACGAACCAUCUGAAGCUCAUAAACCUGAUAAAUCAUGGCAACUAUAUGUAUUUAAAAAUAAUGAACAAGUUGGCAUUUUUGAUAUUGAUCAAAAAAGCUCUUAUCUAUUAGGAAGAGAUCGUUUGGUUGCAGAUAUUCCAUUAGAUCAUCCAUCAUGUUCAAAACAACAUGCAGUUAUCCAAUUUCGCCAAAUAAAAACCAAAAACACUAUUUUAGAGCAUAUAAAACCUUAUAUUAUCGAUCUCAAAUCAACCAAUGGAACUUUUCUUAAUAAUGAACGUGUUCUUGAUAGUCGUUAUAUUGAACUCAAACCAAAAGAUAUGCUUAAAUUUGCAGAUUCAACUCGAGAAUAUAUUUUACUUCAUGAUAAUAUUUAAACAAUUAUAUAUUUUUUUACUACAAAAUAUUAAUAUAUUUAAC